GCUUAACGGACCUCUUCACAAACGGUUUUAUUCCGUGUGUUUGUAUAUUUUUAUAUGGGGAGGGGGAUGCUGCUGAUACUGAACACAGUCGGUGUACAAAGAAUUAAUCUUCAGAGAAACUACAGAGAACCGGCGGAGAAACCAAAGACUACCUGUCAGCUUCGGGACGCAGAGAAUUAACACACACACACACACACACACACACACACACUUUUAUGGCCAAGUUUCUCGCAGAAUUGCUGGCGUGUACUCUGCCAGAAAAAGACACCUCUCCUAUGUUUGAGUGCAGAAGUCAACCCCAUAUCGGAUUGAGUCAUGUGGCCAAACAGCGGCCUACCAUCUUUGGGACACUGAUUGACAAGCCACUGUGUGACCACAACUCAGACAAAAUGCCUCAAACGCCACCAUUUCCAGCGAUGUUUGGGUCCAGUGGCUAUAACAACAACCUCUAUCAGACAAAAGAGGAGGACUACAGCGGCUUAUAUUACCAUGACAACAACCUGGUGUCAGGGUCUCUGGAGGCCCUCAUUCAGCACUUGGUUCCCACUGUGGCUUACUAUCCUGAUAGGACGUACAUCUUCACAUUCUUGCUCAGUUCCCGUCUUUUCAUUCAUCCACAUGAGCUCAUGUCUAAAGUCUGCCACUUGUGCACAGACCAUCAGAAGCUCAGUGAUCCUUCAGCAGACAAGAUGAGAAUCAGAAAACUUGCUCCCAAGAUCUUGCAGUUGUUAACAGAGUGGACAGAGACGUUUCCUUACGAUUUCCGGGAUGAGAGGAUGAUGAGGAGUCUAAAAGAGUUAACACAUCGGUUGAGCACUGGAGAUGAGGUCUAUCGGAAAGCGGUGCAGCAGAUGAUACAAGCCCUGAUCCGUAAACUUACUACACACAGUCAGUACGAGGAAAACGUGGCCAGGAUCAACUCCACAGUGUCAGACAGACUAACGAUUUUGAAAACCAAGCCUCAGUCUAUCCAGAGAGACAUCCUAACCAUCUGUAGUGACACUUUCACUCUGGCUCAACAGCUAACACAUAUUGAGCUGGAGCGACUGAGUUACAUAGGACCUGAAGAAUUUGUCCAGGCCUUUGUUCAGAAAGACCCUCUUGACAAUGAAAAGAGUUGUUUUGCUGAUCGCAAGAAAGCCAGCAACCUGGAGGCGUAUGUGGAGUGGUUCAACAGGCUGAGCUACCUGGUAGCCACUGAGAUCUGCAUGCAUGGGAAGAAGAAGCACCGAGCUCGCGUCAUUGAGUUCUUCAUCGAUGUGGCACGGGAAUGCUUCAAUAUUGGCAACUUCAACUCUCUCAUGGCCAUCAUUUCUGGCAUGAAUAUGAGUCCGGUAUCACGGCUAAAAAAGACGUGGGCCAAGGUCAAAACAGCCAAGUUUGAUAUUUUGGAGCACCAGAUGGACCCGUCCAGCAACUUCUACAACUACAGAACAGCGCUACGUGGGGCCACACAAAGAUCUAUAACUGCACAUACCAGCAGAGAAAAGAUUGUUAUUCCAUUCUUCAGCCUGUUGAUCAAGGACAUUAUCUUCCUCAACGAGGGAUGUGCUAACCGGCUCCCAAAUGGACAUGUCAACUUUGAGAAAUUCUGGGAGCUGGCCAAGCAGGUGAACGAGUUCAUGACCUGGAAGAAAGUGGAGUGCCCGUUUGAGAAGGACCGCAAGAUUUUGCAGUACCUCCUCACUGCUCCUGUCUUUAGCGAGGAUGCUUUGUAUCUGGCGUCCUAUGAGAGCGAGGGACCGGAGAACAACAUGGAGAAGGACAGAUGGAAAUCUCUUAGGUCCUCGCUGCUAAACAGGAUGUAGUUCUACUGAAGAACACAAGUCCAAGUCUAAGUCACUGAUGUUAAGCAGCUGGCAAGCCAGCUGUGUCCCCAUUUUGUCUCCUCAAGAAGUGAGAAGUAGCCCUGAUUUUUAAGGGAAACAACAAUCACUACUUUGGAAGUGUUUUUGUGUGUAUGAUGGAGACCUGGAUAUUUCAGAAUGGUUUUUCAUCACUUUGUCAAAAUUAUCACUUAUCGUACCUUUAAAAAGACAAUUUCUUUUGGGAAAAAACAUGCCGAGUUCUCGAUAUCCCUUGGAUGCAACUGAUGGUACAUUUUCAGCUGUCUCCUGAGGCAUUUGGAUGCUUUGGAUACAAGUAGUCUUCUGAGUUUGCUGCUGGUUGGCCAACUCUGUGAACAGAUUAUUUAAAAAAACAAAACAAAAGAAAACUAAUAUUAAAACCAGCAUUGUGUGUACUUUGUACCAGUACUGUAUAUUGAUAGUAUACAAUAUUAAUUUAAGUAUAGAUUUAUUUUGUUCUUAUUUUUCUGUUGUAUUUGUUGAGAUGGUUUUUAUACCUGAGGUAUUUGUAAUGUGUUUUUCUCACAUGUGUGAGUGACCACCAAGUGUGGACGAGAGUGGCUCGUCAAGGUCUGCUGAAUGCACUGGGUGCAUUUGAGAAUAAAAUGUCUUUUUCUGUUGUGUUAUAACCUGUUUUUGUGACAUUCUGUAACAUUCAUCUUACCCUUUAUGUGGGCAUUGCCCUGUUCAUAUGGAUUGAUGAAGGAGAUACAAACACAUACAUUCCUUAUUAGCAGUGUUACCGUAGAAACACAAUUUUCCACUCAUCUAACAUAGGAAUAGAGGACUGUACUCCACUGAAAUACAUCACCGACAUGUCCAUCUACCUCCAGUCUACACAAGCUAGUACUGCUAUUAUGCUAUUAUGUAGCCCCCUGGUGGUCAUUCCAUUAAUAAAUGAGAAUUAAAUUAAUACAUAAUACACUACACAAUCAUUAGUGUAAGCCUAGUUCAGCUGCAUAAUGUCAUUUUACACAAUUAUUUGCUUCUCCUCAUCUGCAGAUAAAAUUAUUAUUUUUAAGAAUAGCUUGGUCCUGUUCCCUAACUAUACUGUGUUCUCAUUUUAAAUAUUAAGUGAUUUUUACACAUUUUGUUACAUUUUGUCCUGUGUUGUUUGUACAUAACCAUUUUUGUAGCUACCAGAUAUUGCUCUAAUAUUUUGUAUUUAUCAACUUUGUAUAUGAGGCAGACUCAUUUUCAGGGCACUAGAAUACAGUAUGAAGUUAAAGAAGUUAAUAUUGCCUGAUGUCUAGUUUACCAUGUUAAUUUUUUCUGCUUAUGGGGAAUUUUCCAAAGCUUUAUGCAAAUAAAGUGUUUUACUCUCCUGUGCACACUGUUAUGUAUUAUCACUGUUUUGAUGGAUAAGAGAACCCCUGAAAUAGUUGCAUAGACGAAAAAGCAUAUCAAUAAAAGAAUCCUUAUGUAAACAUG